CUGUGUCUGUGGCAUGACUGUAGCUACAUUUUGUAUGGAGCUACGAUUGGAAGCUACAAGCUGCUACAAGCUACAAAAUUAAAAUUGCUAAUUAUUGCAUGCGCUGACAGGUGGUAUGCGAAAAAAACAUUUUAUGCCACGAGAUGAAGGAUUUGGGAAAUAGUCUGAUAACGGUUUUUAGUCGGCCUAGUAACAAAAAAAGUAUUUCAGAACAAAUAUUUGAUGCAUCGUCGUUCAGCCAUUAAAAGGCUUCGUUUAUUUCAUUUUGCAAUUUAGUCAUGUCUCUUUCAAACUUAAGCACACUAGAUCGCAUCCAAUUAGAAAUAAAAGAAUCUAUAGAAAGGGAAAAGGAGCUUAAAAAUGAGUAUUCAAGAACCAAUACAGAGGAAAGUGCAGAAAAUUCAGUAAAAAGUGGCAGUAGUAGUGUAAAAGACGAUUAUUCAAUAAAUUCUCAAAGUGUGUCAUUAAACAGAUCCAAGGUGAACGGUUUCAGAAAAUAUACACAGAACAAUUCUUCUAAUAAAGGAGUAAUGCAUAAAUUCUUAAAAUUACGAGGAAAACUAAGCAUGUCAUCAAUAAAUUCAAGUUCAAAUUCUAAUUGGUCAUCAUCAGAUGCUGCAUUUUGUGCAGCUAAAAUAACUAUUGAGAAAGGGAGUAAACUUCCAAGAAAUGGCUUUGUUUCUGCAGAGGAGAAAAUGAAGAAAGAGUUACAAGAUUUUCAGCAAAGGGAAACCGAAUUAAGAGAAGAACGAAAGAAAAGUCUACCUAAUUUAAUGGCAGCACUACAAUUAGAGGAUCAGUGCGAUUUUGCUAAUUCUAAUUUCUAUUCUAAUGGAAGUAAUUUAAAAGCCACAAAAUCAAUGGCUAAUCUGUAUAAUAACAAUAGUGAUGAUGGAUUUGAAGAUACAAAUAGUUCAGCUGGUGGUAGUUUAAAACCUGCCAGAUCUUUAGCAGAGCUUUGUGAUGUCUCGGAUGAUGAUAAUGGUCUACCAGGUACACAUUCACUGAUAUUGCAGUUUGAGAAUAUGCAUUUUAAAAAGAAGUCUCCCAAUGUUCCAGUGCCUAAAGAAUUUUGAUGUGAUUUUUUCUAUGGUAUACCAAUUCCUAUAUUAGUUGUAACCCAGCGUUAAUAUCAAGUUUCUGGUUUAUGAAAAUGUUUAGGCAGGGGUAGUACACAUUUUAAAAAUAUUUUUAAACUAAACUAAAAUGUUUUCAAUCUAGAAACUUGACAUUGAACUUUUUCAAGUCACUGGUGUACCCCGUAUUAACAAUUUGUAAGUUAUGCUUCUAAAAUUUCUCUCAUAGGUUUACAAAACCUAAAUUCUCAUAUCUUAAGGAUAUUUUUUUAUUUUCUAUCUCAGAUUACAGUUGGAGGUUGGAAUCUUUAGUAUUACAACAGCAAAAUAAAACACUAAUUCACCACAUCCACCAAAAGACUUUACCUACUUUUCACACUGGACGCGCUGUUUGGCUAACCAUAGCAACAUGAGAAGGUGAUGAUGCUAUAGUUGCAAAUCAAAAGUUUAAUAAAAAUUGAGUUUAAUUAUCUAUUGAUGCUAAUAUGGUUACCGAAACCCGCAUACAGUUAAAGGUAAAAAGUGUUUUGGUGUAUUGUGGUGUAUUAGUGUUUUAUUUUUAUUUUGCUUUUCUAUUUCACUUGCUCUUAGCUUGAAAUCUAGUGCAUUACUAGGACGUACUAUAAAGCACUUAACUUAUUUUAUAAUUUAUUUAUUUAUUUAUUUUUAUACACUUUAGGCGAAUAUGAUUUUUCUUAAAGAUGGUCAUAUAUUUUAGUCUGAUAUUUAUUCAUACAGUGAUGUCUAUCGAAAUUUCUAACUUGUGAUACACACUAUAGUCCAAUUCAGAAAGGAUAACAAUUAUUGCAUCAUACUGAAUAUUUCAACGAAACUAAAGAACGAUCGUAUGUCAUUGAUAAAUUCAUUCCAUAAGAUUUUACACAUAUUUAAAUGCCCGACCCUUUGCUUUUCUGAAUAUUUUGAUGCUAAAUGAAAUCAUCUUUCGCAUAUCGGAGUAUAGUAGUGAUAACUAAUUCUUCUUUGCUUUUUAAAAGCUGUGAAAUGUAACAUAUCAAAAAAUUAAUUGUAAAGCCCCGUCUAGACGGAACGUUUUACCGUACGUCAAACCGGCAAACACCCGGUAUAUUGAAAUUUGGGUAAAUUUUGCAUAUUACGCCUAGACGGGGCUUGAAGCUUACAUUUGAUAGAAUAAACAUAUACAAUAAUUAUUUAUACCAGGUUUUAUAUAAAAAACAGUAUUUUUUAUAUUAAAUACAGGUAGUAUUGUCUGUAUUGUGGAUAAUAGGUAGUCUGUCAAUGACUUAAACUACAAUAAUUAAUAAAAAUAACAUAAUUAUUUCUCCAAACAAGACAAAAGUUGAUCAACUUGUUUUUAAGAAAGACUAUUUUUGUUAUACAUAGCAUAUUAGUACAGUAUAUUUUUAUAGUUAAUUCAGU